AUGGCUGCCCGGAAACUGCAGCAGGAGAUAGAAAAAUGCUUCAAAAAGGUAGCCGAAGGAUCAGCCGAAUUCGACAGCAUCUACGAAAAGAUUGAGCAGUCCAACAACCCCGCCCAGAAGGAGAAGCUCGAGGACAACCUUAAGCGCGAGAUCAAGAAGCUACAGCGAUUGCGCGACCAGAUCAAGACGUGGGCUGCCAGCAAUGACAUCAAAGACAAGACUCCCCUGGUCGAGCACCGGAAGCUCAUUGAGACGCAAAUGGAGCGCUUCAAGGCUGUCGAGAAGGCCAUGAAGACCAAGGCCUAUUCCAAGGAGGGCCUAUCAGCAGCUGCGAAGCUUGACCCCAAGGAGCAGGCCAAGUUGGAAGCCGCCGACUUCCUCAGCGGUAAGGUCGACGAACUGGAGCAGCAGAUCGAGAUCCUCGAGGCCGAAAACGAGUCGAUACAAGUCACCAUGAAGAAGGGCAAGAACCAGAGCGCCAAGACGGAUCGUAUCGCAGCCAUCGAGCACAUAAUCGAGCGCCAUAAAUGGCAUCAGGGGAAACUCGAGCUGAUAAGGCGCUCCUUGGAAAACGGCGGCCUCGAGACCGAACAGGUCACCGCGCUUGAGGAGGAUAUUAUCUAUUACGUCGGCGAGGGUAUGAACGAUGAUUUCAUGGAGGACGAGGGACUUUACGACGAACUCGAACUCCAGGAGGAAGAAGAUGUCUACGGCAUGAACCAGGACAACGACCGCCUGUCAUCACAGGACGCACAGUCGAUACAGGAGGAUGUUGUGGAACCCGAACCGCGACCGAGCAGCUUGCCUGGCAAGUCACGGAGUGCCGCCGAUGCCGCCGGUUCUUCAGGUGGCCGGAGGCCUUCUGCCCAGCUCAAGUCGCCGCUUCCGACCCUGGCAACAUUACACAAUCCGCUGGCCAAUAUAUCAAAUGGUAGCACCAUCGGGUCUGGCAUGAAGCCUGCGUCGAUGCCGCAAAGACCAGCCGGGGAGGGACUCAAGUAUGCUUCGGCAGCAGCCGCCGCCGCCGACAAGAACAACGUUGGCAUCGCGCCACUUCCACCGCCGCCCGGUUCGCAACCAGUGACCGCGUCGACGGCUGCCUCGCCCUUCCCGACUGCUGCGGCGGCCAAGACGAGCGCGGCCAGCUCACCCAUCACAGCACCCAUGCAACCCGUAUCCUCAGAACCAAAACCUACUGUUAUCGAGCCCAAGCUGUCAGACCAGAUUGCAAGCGGACCGAGUACGUCCAAGAAGGCAGAGAAGACAUCUUCCAAGUCAUCCAGCAAACCAGAACCAACGGAGCCGUCGAGAGCAUCGCAAUCCAAUGGUACCACAAAUGGUAUCAGACCGAUCGAGGAACAGGAAGAAGAGUGUAUAUAUCAUCUUCCUGCUGAUCUGCAUGAUCUGGUCGACUCCUACGAGGGGACCAAGAAGCGCGCAGCGCCGGUAAAUACAGCACCCCAUAUGCGCAUGAUGGCGGCUUCGCAGCGCAACGUGAACAUGAUGGAUACGUAUGACGCCGAGCCACCCAAAACAUACCGACCCGAGGUUAGGUACCCUUCGGCGUCGGGCUACCCUCAGGAGCCGUUACCGAUAUUCGACGACCCUCGGCUGUACACCCGCAUCGAACCAGAUACGCUUUUCUACGUCUUCUAUUACAAGCAAGGUACAUACCAGCAGUAUCUGGCCGCCAAGGCUCUCAAGGAUCAGAGCUGGCGGUUCCACAAGCAGUACCAGACGUGGUUCCAGCGACACGAGGAGCCCAAGAACAUCACCGACGAGUUCGAGCAAGGGACCUACCGUUUUUUCGACUAUGAGUCUACCUGGAUGAACCGGAGGAAGGCCGACUUCAAAUUCGCUUACCGGUACCUCGAGGACGAUGUAUGA